GAUACGGUUUAUAGUUUCCUAAUAUCAAUCAUUCCAUAUAGGAAACGGAUUAUAGUUUCCUAAUAUCAUUAAUCCCAUUCCAUAUAGGAAGCGGAUUUACGAUGAUUAAUAUAUAUACGUGAGGGUGGGGGACAUCACAAUUCACAGCACAAAAAAAAUACUUAACAAAAUACUAGGUUUUUCAAGUAAAUAUUACCUAGGCCGUGUGGAAGUUAACAUGAAGAUCACCAUGGAGAAAGAAGAAUGGGAAUUGAAUCCUAAAAAACUCAGCAGUCAAAAAACUCGUUGGCUAUGGAGGUUUUGGAUUAGUUUACAAAGGCUUUUACAAUGGAAAAGAAGUCGCGGUUAAAAUGUUUGAUUUUGGAGAUGAAAAGAAAACUUCAAACGGACAAAAAAAAGAAAUUGAUGGAAGAGGUAUUCAUGCAAGAAGUUUCUAUUUGGUGCACUCUUCAACACUCCAAUAUCACCAAGUUUAUUGGGGCUAUAAAGAAGAAUAACAUGUCAGAAAUAAAAAUGAAAUGUCAAAACGGUUCAGUAAAUGGAUGUUGCAUUGUUGUGGAAUAUGUUGGUGGAGGAACUCUUAGAUCCUAUCUUUCAAAAUACACAAUGAAGAAGGAGCUGCCUUUGGAUACUAUUGUCCAACUUGCAAUGGACGUUGCUAAAUGUUUAGACCCAUAUCCCCAACACAUUCCUCGUAGUAAAAUCUCACAUCAAAUUUAUAAGCAUUGUCAGAUAUAAUGAAGAAAUGUUGGGAUGUAAAGCCAGAAAAUAGGCCAGAGAUGAAGGAAGUGUUGCAUAUGUUACAAGGCAUUGAGACAAGUAGACAAGGAAGAAAACAAAAGCAUAUGUUUUGCUUUGCAUAAAAAGACAUAUGAAGAGAGGAAUUGAUCAUAAUUAUUGGCGAGCCCAACAUCAAUCACAGCCAAGGGCGAUGCACAAAAAAGACACAAAUUCCAGCAAGAGGCAACAUUAAAAGAAGAGAUCAAUCAAAAGCACUGAGCAGACAAAAGAUGGAGGAGAUACAUUAUACAUAAAAGAGACAACCAGAUCAGGUGUUGGGUUGGAUGUUUUCAAAAAUGAACCUAAUGUUCCUAAUUAAACAGCUCCGAUCCUUUCAAUGGAUAACAUUGUGUUAACACGACAUGUUGCUUGUCAUACCGAUCGAGGAUUCUUUUAGAGCUAUGUAUGAAAUCGUAUGCUGGAAUCUUGAAUCUUUGUUCUUCAACAAACCUUUGAUUUCUCCAGUUUUGGAACACUAAAACAUAUUUUACACAUUUUAGAAUUUCAUUUUCACUGUUUGAUUUCAGCAUGUGGUCUGCUGUUAAUAAUUAAUGUGCGUGUGGUCUGCUGUUAAUAAUUAAUGUGAA